AUGGCCUCAAACGGACAGUUACUUUCGCUUCACAACUACUACGGGACGACCGGCUACGUCUCGCAACCACCGCUGGCUGCCUCGAGGCCCAAGCUGAAGGCCGCAGAGCGAGAUUUGGCAUCUCUAACGCUCCUCGACGCCCUCGACCGCGACGACCGCCCUUCAUUCGCCAUCGAAACCUGCUCGUAUCUUCACCGCGAUGAAGCGCUCGACCUCAUAUAUUCGAACACGGCGCUGCACGCUGUCGGCGGAUUGUUGGCCAAGAUAUCGGGCAAUGACGCGACGAGCUUGUUCGCGGAGAGCUCGGCACCACAGCUUGCCUUCAGAGGAUGGGUUUUUGGGCAUACGAAUGAGGGUGACCUACAACGGCGUGGCAACACGUAUACAUUUGAAGGGCACGUAUGGAACGCCACAAUCCUAGGGAGAUAUAAGAUUGUUAGCGGAAUGCCAACGCGGCUGCUGUGGGUUGACGCCGCACCGGGAGGCAAGACCCACCGCACCAUCAUGCGCGAGCGGAAGACGCCUCGAAGCAACCUUCGCGCCGACGCUCUACCUAUCAAGCCCCAGCUGUCGCGCUCCCAAACGCUUGAGCUCAACACUAGCUCUUCUUCAGACUCAACCGCAAUCAACAACACGUCGUUUGACUGUACCUCUGAUGCACUCACGUCCGUCGUGAGAACCAGUCCUCAUAUCGAUUACUUUCGCAGCGUCGAUUGGGCCAAAACACCGUUGGGACCAAUGAGUUCAUGGCCCUGUGAUUUGCGUUGCAUAGCAAACACAGUACUGAGCAACAAUGUACCAGCUGUUAUGUUCUGGGGUGACCAGGUCAUCAUGUUGUACAACGAGCCGUAUGUUCAGCUGCUUGGCAGCCUCCAUCCCUGCAUGGGAGAAAGCGUUCGCACCAAGGCGCCCGAUCACUAG